CACCGGAGCAGAGAGGAUUCCAACGCAGCAGAUAUGUCCUCGGCUGGCGUUUUGACAGGCGUACUUUUUGCGGUAAUGUUAUUUCAGCAUGUCUCAUGUACUGAGCUGAACGUCAACAGACCUAGGUUGUGUGGAGCUGGAGGCUCUCCUUGUUGCAAGGGACCAAGGCAGGAACAAAGUAUAGGAGCUCGCACCUUUAGAGUGAUUGAGAACUGCAACGAGACAACUGUGGGCAACACUACAGUGCAAUCUCUGACUUCGAAAUACACCACAGUGUUAAUUCCUUCUCUGUACCUCAUUGUUUUCAUUUUUGGAUUGCCUGCCAACAUCUUGGCUCUAUGGAUCCUAGUAAGAAAAACCAAAAGGAUGCCAUCGACCACUUUACUGGUCAGUCUGACAGUUGCUGACAUCCUUCUGAUCCUGAUGCUGCCAUUUAAGAUUAUUUAUCACUUCUCAGGGAACAACUGGAUCUUUGGAGAAUACAUGUGCCGGCUGGUCACUGCUUCUUUUUAUGGAAACAUGUAUGCUUCAAUUCUUUGUCUAACGUGCAUCAGCAUUGACAGAUAUAUUGCCCUUGUCCAUCCAUUUGCAUCUAAAGUUUUCAGAAGCCAGAAAAUGGCCGGCUAUGUCUGCCUUGUGCUGUGGGUCGCUGUGAUUGGUUCUGUGAUCCCAUUUUGUAUAAUUACACAGACCCACAGUAUCACCAAUAUAAAGAUCACCACUUGUCAUGAUGCUUUAAAGAAUAAUGAAAAAGUAUUCUUGCUUCCUUACUUCAUAAGCAUCUUUGUUGUGGGAUUUGUUCUGCCCUUGUGUAUUAUGUUGUUUUGUUAUGGUUCAGUUCUCCAAACUUUAAUCAGGAAUCAAAAAAAAUACUUAUUUGCAGCCAAGGUUACAGCUUUAGUGCUGGUGGUGUUUAUUGUGUGUUUUGCCCCCAGCAACAUUAUUCUUAUCCUUCACUAUUCAGAAAAGAGUGAACAUGAAAACAGUGACCAUUUGUACUAUAUUUAUAUGCUUAGCCUGGCUAUCAGCUCCUUCAACAGCUGCCUUGACCCUUUUAUUUAUUACUACGUAUCAGAGGAGUUCAGAUCCCGGGUUAGAUCUGCUUUCAAGUGUACCAAAAAGUCAUACAAGAUAUCAGACCAAGCUACCAGCUCAUCACAAUUAAAGUCUAAAGGAACCAUAGUGUCCUCUUUAGAUACAGGCAAGCGACUCCCAGCUUGAAGAUGUUAGUGCUAAGGUGAGGAGCUGACUGCAUUUGUAAAAUGAUUGUGUGCAUAUUUGAUAGCUGAUGGAUGCUGAUACAAACAGAUGUCCUGCAGAUGAAGCAAGAAGUUGGUCAACUACUGGAGUCUUCAGUGUGUAAAGAAGGAUAAAAAUGACAGUUUUGGAAGAUGCAACAAUAAUAUACAUAAAAAUAAAAAAUGAAAUAUGGACUGAAAUGUUAAUUUAUUAGUACUUGUAAGAAAGAGAGAAGCUCAAGAGGAAGGACAGCCCCUAACUUAUCUGAAUGAAGGAUCUCAUCUAAACACAAUUUAUUCAACAUUCAGCUUAUGGUUAAUUUCAUUUGUGCAUUUAUUUACACAGCAACCUACAGUGCUGCAGAAGCGUUCUUUUAAUGUAUAUUUUAAAAGAAUAACCUAUUGGAUGAGAGCAUUAUGAGGAGAGAUGGUGAGUAAAACAACAAUAUACAUUAAAAUAAAAAAUGGAAUAUGGACUGAAAUAUAAAUUUUUUAGUACUUGUAAGAAAGAGAGAAGCUCAAGAGGAAGGACAGCCAAAACAAUAGCAAUUCUCACCAGUUAGCAGUUAAUUUACUUUAUGAUCAAAUACAGGAAAUAAAAAGUAAGUGUGAAACUAAAUUGCUAUCUUCAGCUUACCAUGCUGUUCAGCUUUUUAUAUUUCCUCCCAGUCUACUGAGGAAACAAAAAAGGAUUAUAUGUGUCACUAGCAGGCUCAUGCAAAGGUCUAUCAUUAGUGUUUAUGUGGUGAUUUAUUUAGCUGCUGUUUUGUAUGCCCAUGUUACAGAGGUGAAAAGGUAACACUGUAUUUAUUGGCAAUGUGAUGCUAAAAAAGGAGAAAUGAAAAUGUUGUCAUGUCAAUUUGACCUUUAGGAUAGCCUAAAGAAGAAGUGUUAUCUAGAUUUACAGUCUAGAGUUACUCAUUUUUAAAUGCUUUGUUAUUAUUCUAUGUUUUAUUGCAAAGUCAAAUUCAAUAUUGUCAAAAAAUAGAAAGCUAGAUAAAGGAAGAUAACUGUUAAGCUUUCGAUAAGUUAUUUUGUACCUGCUUAUGCCGAUAGUCAUUCGAAGGGACUUUAAAUUAAGAGAAAUAAAUGCAGAAAAGGGUGAAUUUACUGAGUAUUACAGCAGAGACAAGAUGAGUGACUGUCAUGUUACACUCUUUUAUCAUAGCCACUGCAAAUUAACAUCUGAACAGCUUUUAUUUUCUGUUUCAUCUCUAUAUUUCUAUUACUUUUGAUUGGUUCAUACUAUAAAAUAAAACAGAUUUAAUGGAACGAAGAUAGACUGGAACAUAAUGUACUUUUGCAGUAUUUAUAUAUGAAAGGCUCUAUAAAUAGGAACCUAGAUUUAGUGAAAUGGGUGCCUAGAAGAUAUGGAGAUAGUGGCAUACGAGUACAGGUUAGUAGAUGUUAAUUCCAAAAAAAAAAGGGCUGACAAGUUUUAAAGAAACACACAGUGUAAUACCAAGGGCAAGAAAAUUAAUCAGAUAACAAAUCUGAAAGUCUUGAGCAAAGACCAUAAACCUAAGAUUAUAAAGAAAAAACCUUUAGACUACAAAUGUAGACAGAACAAAACAAAAUAAGUCAAUGUGACCUGUAAGUAAUUGAGGUUGCCUGGCAAUGGCAAAUGGAAAGGAAAUGCAAUGGCCGUGGUGAGUGGCAUACCAUACCAUAGUGUUGGUGAUAAUGCAGUUGGAGGAUAUGGAAUUACCAGGAGGAUAUGGAAUUACCAACACCUGCUUUAAGUUGUUAUUUCCUCAAAAGGUUCAAUUGUAUGUUUCAGUGUUUGCUUACGCACACAGUUUGAUGUGAUUAGAAUGGUUUUCAAGUAACAUACUUAAUUAAAAAAAAUCGUAAGGUUUAAUGUCAGUGUUAAAAUGUUUCGUAUGAAUUGUUUACUGUUGCUGUUUUUUAUUAAACGUGUAUUAAUAAAAAUUUAAAUUAAUAAACCAA